GUUGCAUGUGACUGAUGAUGUGAGCAUGUUCGUUUCAUAAUAAAAAUGUUGCCAGGUAACCAAAAAGUCGUAUGUUUUUGUGCGAAUUACGAUCAUAAUCUUUACGAUCGUACAUUAAAAAAUAGACAAAUAAUAGUAUGAGUACGAUUUAAAUCGUAUAUCUGUCAACCCUGCUAGCAAGACAGCGACAAAAUCACGUUGCAUAACAAUGUAGCCCAAGCUUAUAUCUUAUGAAAUAUACGGAAGAGAUACGGACUUAGAAAAAACAGAAAUGUUGUUCUUUGUGGAAGUCAUUGAUGAAAUUCUAUGUAUUUUAGCCCGCAAACUUUCUUCAAACAAAAACAGCGCCAUCUAGUAUCGAGUUCUGUAAUUAUCUCUUUGUUUAUGGAUUUGAAGUAAGACCGCCACGCAUGCAAUACAUUAUGACUGGGGAUUCCCCUAUUCGUCGACGCUGAAUAUGAGGCGACGACAAUCACUGUCAAACGUGUUCACUAUUACUCUGACUCUGGUAACGUGACUUCCUGGUAACGUGUUAGGUAGGAAAAGCAGUAAAAAAGUGCAUAUUAAGGGAGCAGAUUUGAAAUAAUAUUUAUACUUAACAAGAAAUAAUUAAAGGUUCAAUGGGGAGACCUAAAGAUUUACGCAUAUGGGAGCACUACCGUACUUUACCAAACAAGUCUGUUUCUUGCAAGCUUUGUAAUAAGGUCUACAAAUUCAGUAAUGCUGCCAAAAUGCUUCAACAUCUUAUCACUUGUCCAAAAUCUCCAGAAACAUUAAAAGACUCUAUGAAACUUAUAAAAGAUAGCUCGUCCAAAACCAAAAUGUCUGGACUGUCAGAGAUAGAGACAAAUGAUUCUUUUAUAAGCCCCUCGUCGUCUGCUAACACUACAAUAAAUGCUGAGUUUCAAGACACCGAUGAUCAUAUAAAAACAGAAUUAGCGAGAGCUAUAUUUGUAACAGGGACGCCAUUAUCGAUGGUGCAACAUCCUUUAUGGAUACAAUUUUUCGAAAAAUUGCAACCAAAAUUUAAAAUACCUUCACGUAAAGCUUUAGCGACAAAAUACUUAGAUAAAAUAUAUAGAGAAAUGCGUUUUGAGUUAAAUGAGGAACUAAAUGCUUGUAGUUACUUACACUUUCAGUGCGAUGGCUGGUCUAAUUUAAGAAAUGAAGGAAUAAUAAACUUUCUUAUAUCAAAACCUCAACCUGCAUACGUUAAAAGUUUGAAUACAGAAAGUAAUCCUCACACUAGUGAAUACCUUAGCCAAGAAGUUGAAAAAGUAAUGAAAGUGUAUGGAGCAAAUAAGUUUCUUGUACUUAUUGGCGAUAACGCUAGAAAUAUACAAAAGGCAUUCGAAUUAACAAAACUCAAAUAUCCACAUGUUGUUCCUCUCGGUUGCUGUGCACAUAUCCUUAACUUGUUGUGCCAAGAUAUUGUAAAGAUACAAGAAGUAACUGUGUUUAUUAUGCAAGCCAUAAAUAUAAUAAAAACUGUUAAAAGGAGUCAACGAUUAAGUUCCUUGUUGAUAAAAUCAAGGCAGGGUGAAGAUUCUACACAAACACUAAAAUUGCCUUGUGCUACAAGAUGGGGAAGUCAUGUUACUUCGUUAAAAAGUUUGAAAGCAAAUAAGAUAGCUUUGCAAAUAUUAACAGUUAGAGAAGAUGUGGUAAUUUCAAGAGAUAUUAAAGAUUUAAUUCUAAGUGAUGAUUUCUGGACGAAGACAGGGGAAUGUAUAAGUAUUUUGGAACCAGUCACUGAAAGCAUAUUUUACUUAGAGAGCGACCAGAAUCGUUUGCAUCGCACAUACAUUACAUUUAGAGAUGUACAAGCUAAGAUACGUUUUGCAUUAAAUGAGAUUUCGACAUUGAGCGAAGAAAGCAAACAGCAGAUUCUAACAUCAGUAUCUUCAAGAUGCAAUAUGGCAAUGAGGCCAAUACAUUUUGCAGCAUAUAUUCUAGACCCCAGGACUCUAGGAGUCGAACUUACUCAAGAGGAAGAACUUAAGGGUAUGGAGUUUAUCUACAAUUUAAGCCAACACUUAAGUUUGUCAAAUGUAAUGGCAGAUUUGGCGUGUUAUAAAGCUAAAGAAAACUUUUGGGCCAGAGGAUUUGUAUGGAGCUCAUUAGAUAGCAUUGAGCCCCUAAUAUGGUGGAAAGGUAUUUGUGGUUCCACUGAGUUAAGCAAAGUAGCGAUUCGUAUUCUAUCAGCUCCCUGUACUUCGGCAGCCACUGAGCGUUCCUUUAGUAUCCAAGGCUACAUACAUAAUAACAAAAGAAAUCGACUUACAACUGAAAGAACUGAAAAAAUUUCAUUCAUUUGUUAUAACUGGAAUCUUAAACAUAAAGCUGAAUGCGAGGACAUUCAGUUUAAUGAAGAAAAUACCUUAGAAGCUUUCAUUGAGCAAGUAAAUGAACAUAACAGUUUAGACGAAAUAGAGCCUAUCGAACCUAUACAAUUCAUCGCUUGUAAUAACUCUGAAUCUGACAGUGAUUGACUGUAGUUUUACAUUUUACUUUCAUCUCUUUCUUAAUAAACUCAAAAUCAAAUUAAAAGUUUUUUAUUCUGUAGGCUGCAUAAUAAUAUUGUCUAUGUCCAGUAUAGUGGACGUCUUGCGGCUGAGAUGACGAUGAUGAAGUACAAAAUCAUAAACACCCAAAAAUUUGGGUGUUUAUGGGGUUUAAACCCAAUAAACCCAAAACACCCGGUUUUUACCCACCAGACUUUAAACCCACCCAGGUGGAUUGCCC